AUGAAAGACGCUAUAUUAGACAAGAUACUAUCGGAUCAGGAAAGUUUGACAGAAGAUGAUAUAGUACUGAACAAUGAUUCAUCAAUGAUGAGUGUGAACGUUGAUCGGCUCAGGCUAGAUAGAAAGCAACCAGCCCGAGAUCUCUUUGUUAGAGAAGCUCCAAGUAGCCCAUUGGCAGAGAAUUAUGAGCGGCAAGAACGUGAUCAAACCGAUACUCAAGAAGAAAAUAAUGUCGGGGGUGAGAAUGAUAAAGAUCAGAGUGACAUUAUAACAACUCUUCCUAGGGAACGUAAGCGUGUAAGGUUUAACUCGCGUGAUGAACAACAUCACAACCCAGAUGAGAUCAAUCCUUGGGAUCUAAAGAAACUAGUGCGAUCAGAGCUCAGGCAAAGGCUACCCGAAAAUUACGAGAUCAGGACGUGGAAAAGGCCUCCGAGAACGCUUGUGAGAUCUUUAGUGGACCUCAUGGAAACUAAUGUAACACGCGCUGUUGAGAAAGUACUGAGCAACUACGAAACUGAGUGCGUACGCACUCUUGGGAGUGACCAGUUCGGGAAAUUUCGUGCAGAUAAAGAGCAGAUGCUUUAUAAUUUAAUUGGUAAGCUACAGACUCGCAUUAAACGCUCACGAUUUCCUGCUCGAAUAGCCGAGAACGCCCUUGACAUUGAAUACAUAUUCGCAAAAAGGAAUUACAUUCAACAGCAAUACGCAUCGCAGCUUCACAGUGCGGAGGCUAUGGAGGAACGGCUGAUACAGGAGCAGCGCACAGCAUCAGAAUUUGAAGAACAAGUUGCGAAUCCAAGCAGUAAAGAGUUGUUAAAAGAACUAACGGCGGAUUUGCAUCCGAGUUUGCAUAAAGCGGUAACAAACUCCUAUGGUUUAAUAAAGGAUAACCAGAAUACCCGAUCCACAUAUUUAAUAGAUAAAGAAGACCUUAACUUACGGCUUGAUAGCGCGUAG